AUGUCGUCGCCAGCUGGCACACACGCUGUACCUAGGAAACCGGUGCCAGCAGCAUCUGAGAUCCUAGAAAGUGCUGUGUUGAGCACGGCACCCAGCCACACCGCGGACGUUACGGAGGUACAGGAUCGAGGAGUGUCUACAGAUGGCUAUCAAAGGGCAGCGUUGCCAGACGAACUACAGAAUGCCGCCCCACCGGCCUCUGAAACGUCGUCUAUUCAGCGACCUAUGGCUACCAAAAGCCGUAUAGAGAAGCAGCCUCAUUCUCAGAAGUCUACAUUCCCGACACGGAUGUUCAACAUCGGUGGCCCAUGGAGGCUGGAACUAUGGUCCACGAUUCUGACAUCUGCGGCAUUCGCUGCCAUCGUUGUCGUGCUAGCAUACUAUGAUGCCAAACUACAGACGAGGUGGCCGUACACCAGUCUUACUCUGAACGGUCUUGUCGCUCUAUUGGUCUCAAUUGCAAGGGCGUCGUUGCUCGUGGGCGUGACACCGGCCAUCAGGCAAGGCAAGUGGAAUCGGCUCGUUGGCAUCGGACAGAAGGGACAAAGAGUGCUUCGUGCAAGAGAACUGUGUGAUUUCGAGAGAUUUGACGAUGCAUCGAGAGGUGCAUGGGGCGCACUCCAGCUGUUGGUACGCAAGUCUUUGCAUCUAGCUUCACUUGGAGCCAUCACCACGAUCCGGCUGCUGGGCUUCGAUACCUUCGCUCAGCAGAUCCUUGCCAUCCGCUUCCGUGACGAUGUCGCCCCGUACCAGAGUGGCCUUCCAGUCGUUGCGAGAAGUGAAUGCUAUGACCCGAGCCAUUUCAUCACGCAGACGAGCGAUUACCCGACCGUCGGGGAUCUCAAGCUCAAAUCUGAUGUCUAUAACGGCAUCAUGAACCAGAACCAGACUCAACUACCGUUGACGUGCUCGACCGGAAAUUGUACUUGGCCAGUGAUUCCAACCGUGGCAGUGUGUGGAGCCUGUGUCGACCUGACCGCCAAUAUCACUGAGCAAUGCAGCGAUGACUGUUGCAACUAUACCCUGCCAAAUGGCGCAUCGCUCGACGGUCGAAUAAGUGACAUUCCUCUGUCGGAAUUGACAGCCCGACGCAACUUCUUCAGGCUAUGGAGCCCCUUUGUUCUCGUGCCACUGAGUAGGACCUGGACAGCCCCGUUUCUGUGCUCUUGA